GUCAAUUGAAGUCACUCUUUAUUUCUUUAUUGUAUCCAGGUCAUUAAAACGUCGCCGAGGUGAAGGCUAGGCUAGGAAAUACAGCUAUGCGAUUACCUACCACAGCUGCAGCUGCAAUUGCAGCCCUGGCAGCCACUGCCAAUGCAUUCGAUCUUCAGCAACUCCAACAACCCCUCCAGUCCAUUCUAAAAUCCCAGGAAAAUAAGCAGCAUCAAAAGCAACAACCAAAUAUUGUGUUCAUUCUAACCGAUGACCAAGACCUCCAAUUAGACUCGCUAUCGUAUAUGCCCCUACUCCAAAAACACCUCCAGCGAGAAGGAACCUUUUACGAAAAUCACUUCGUUCCCACGGCGCUGUGUUGUCCUGCUCGCGUAACAUUGUGGACGGGGCGAUAUGCACACAACACCAACGUGACGAAUGUGAAACCUCCAUAUGGCGGAUACCCCAAGUUUGUAGAACAAGGCUUCAACUCCAAUUUCCUACCCAUCUGGCUGCAAUCCGCCGGAUACAAUACCUACUACACGGGGAAAUUAUUCAACUCGCAUACCGUCGAGAAUUACCAUUCGCCGCAUGUGGCUGGUUUCAAUGGAAGUGAUUUCUUACUCGAUCCAUUCACCUAUUCAUAUCUCAACUCGGUCUAUCAACGAAAUCACCAUGAGCCGACCAGUUACGCAGGGAGGCAUACGACAGAUGUAAUAACCGAAAAAGCGCUGGGGCUUUUGGAUGAUGGCAUUGCGGGUGUCGAGUCCGCCGGAAGACCCUUUUUUGUGGGGAUUGCCCCUGUUGCUCCUCAUGCAAAUAUGAAUCCUAGUGAUCCGCCACUGAAAAUGACGGAGCCGAUACCUGCGGAGAGACACAAACAUCUUUUCAAAGGUGUCAAGGUGCCCAGAAAGCCGCAUUUCAAUCCAGAUACUCCUAGCGGAGUCAACUGGAUAGCUAGCCUUCCACAACAAGACGAAGCCACUGUCGAUCAAAAUGACCACUUUUACCGCCAGCGCCUGCGUGCUUUGCAGGGUGUUGACGAGCUGGUUGAUCAGGUGGUCACCCGUCUCGAUGAUGCUGGCGUUCUCGAUAACACGUACAUCAUCUAUACCUCUGACAACGGAUAUCAUAUCGGCCAGCAUCGGCUUCCACCAGGCAAAGAAUGCGGCUUUGACGAAGACAUACGCGUGCCGUUGUUCAUUCGCGGCCCUGGCAUUCCCAAGGGUCGUGUGGAAAAAGCAGUUACCGCGCACGUCGAUCUCGCGCCAACAGUGCUACACCUCGCCGGCGCUGCGCAACGUGAUGAUUUUGACGGUAUCCCGGUGCCAUUACCAAAUGGCCGAAAGCAGGUCUACAACCGCGAAAUCAUCGAAUCUCAUAAACGCCACGAACAUGCAAAUGUGGAAUUCUGGGGUAUAGCAAUCCCCGAAGGAGAAGGGAAUUCCUUUGGUCCAAACAACCCCGCAGUGGUUGAGAACAAUACGUAUAAAGGCCUACGACUACACUCGCCAGAAUCAGGGUACGAUUUGUACUAUUCCGUUUGGUGUAAUAAUGCGCAUGAACUGUACGACCUCACCAAGGACCCCUAUCAAUUACACAAUAUCUAUCCAUCUUCUUCAUCCAUUCACCGGUAUCUGCUCGGGGCUUCGAUAGAUCAGGUAAUCAACCGGCUCGAUGCGCUGCUACUUGUUCUCAAAUCGUGCCGUGGACAUACAUGCCAUGCACCCUGGUCCGUCCUUCAUCCCAAGGGCGAUGUUGAGACGUUGAAAGACGCGUUGGAUUCGAAGUUUGACUAUUUCUACGAGGAACAAGUCAAGAUCGAGUACGAUCGAUGCGAGGGCGGGUAUAUUGUUGAUGCGGAGGGGCCACAAGUGGGAUAUCAAUAUUUGACUGAGAGGGACGGGCUAGGAUGGAGUCAUUGGGAAUAGAUAUGUAAAUAGACAAUAUACUCAAGUUCGUUCAUCUAAAAUUGAAUAUAAAUCUAUCUAUGCCUUGCUCUUCACCUAACUUCCUAUACAUUGUGAGCUUCAC